GAAAUGGUGACUCACAACAUCCGCUUUGUCCUGAACGAUUAAAUCCGGGCAAAGAGAGACAUGAGCUAGGAAAACCUCAAAACGACAGUGUCAGACAUUUCUACCGUCCAUUUUCGAUAGGCAUACAUUUUAGCAAGGUUACAUGUAAUGUUCUACUGUUUCUGUCAAUAUGACGUCAGGAAUGAAUCGCUUUAACCCAACUAUCACGGUCGACGAAUAUCUUGCUGAGAGUAAUGUGUUGUUUUACCUGAGUGAUGCUCUGACCCAGCUUCUGGAACAUAAAGGAGAAUACACCCAUUUUGGUGUAAUCCGCUACUUCGCUGAAUAUUUUAGCAGCGUAAAAAAUAGUAACCACAUCCUCUUCAGAGAGUAUAACUACAUCAAGGCCACUCCUCAUAAUAGAGUCUCAUUCAUCAGAGUCUUCUGGAGAUGCUACCGCCAGAUUGGCAAGAGUGGAGAUCUGCUGUCCAUUUUGGAGUACAGCUCACUGCUCCAGUUGCUAUGUCCAGACUUCCCAAUGGAGACAGUCAAGAGUGCAGCCAGAAUUGUUUUGACGGAUGACGGUUUAGACUGCCUGAUGUCUUUCUCAGACUUCCUUUAUGCCUUCCAGCUGCAAUUCUACUACCAAGAAUUUCUCGACAGCGUGUUGCUGAUCUACCAGGAUCUGUUGGCAGGGAAGAGUCCCAACACCGUCAUUGUGCCCACAUCAACUUCUGUUGAACAGCUUCCCGGCUUGACCGCAGAGGAAAAUAAUAAGGAACAGGAUUUAGAAGUGGAGGCUUCCACUCUGGCUGAGUGUAUAGACGCACUCUGUGACCGCAUCAAAAACAGCCACCCUCCUAGGUCCUGCUUACAAGAAGCGCUAGAAAAGACUGGCAAGGUGUCCUACCGCAGUUUGCUGAUGAGCCUGGCUAAACACGAAACCAUCAACCUCAUGAUCGGAGCCUUACCAAGUAAGACAGAGGUACUGAAUGACCCAGAGAUGGACCAGGAACUGGACAAACUCAUCGCUCAGAUCUCAGUCAGCCCCAGCAGCAACAGCAGCGGCAGUGCAGUGUCGAUGCUGAAAGAGGUGCAGCGGAAGGCCUCCCCUAGAAGGAACAUCCACCACAGGAGGAAGAUGGAGGUGGAAAGCGACGGUUCCACGGAGGAGACUGACUCCUCUGAAAACUGAGCCUUCCCAUUCCACGAUGCAUCUCUUCGGAUACGUAGAAAACUUUCUUGCCUGUGUCCAACUCACGAGUUAGUUUAAUUCCCAUGUGAGUAGCGUAGUGGCAUGAAAAUACUUGAACCUCAAAUUCAGGGAAGCAUGAGAAAAAGGCCGCACUCUACAAAU